AUGGCAAGCAUCAGCUCCACGUACUUCUUUCAUCUCCUCUUCAUUUUCUCUACGUACUUCUCCACUUCCCAUGCAACCUCAGACGCCCUAACACAAGGCCAGUCAAUCGUCGACGGCCAGACCCUCGUUUCAGAAGCCGGCAUCUUCGAGCUCGGAUUCUUCAGCCCCGGCGGUCUCGAACACAACUGCCGUCUUGGAAUAUGGUACCACAAAGUCCCAGAAAAAACCGUCGUUUGGAUCGCAAAUCGCCAAAGCUCGAGUUCGGCUUUGAUGAUUAACGAAGGUGGAGAUCUUAUCAUUCGUGACACGGGAGGAGUCUCGAGCACGGUCGCAUCCGGGUCCGGAAAGAACAAUACAAGUCUCAAGCUAAUGGAUUCUGGAAAUCUUGUUUUCUUUGGCGACAGUCACGUGCUGUGGCAAAGCUUCGAUGAAGCCGUCGAUACGUUCUUGCCUGGUAUGAGACUCGGUGUAGAUAAAAACUCGAAGCGAGAAUGGAUUCUUACUUCACAUAGAACUUUGGAAGACCCCUCUCCGGGAUGGUUCUUUCUUCGAUUGGAUCGGACCGGCACCGGAGAGCAGUUCUACAUCUGGUCCAAGGUGCCCCGAGAGGGAAAUAUCAAUUACGGCGAUUGGAGGAAUUUCAGUUCGGUGUCACGGAUGUUUGAAUUCAUGUAUGUUUCAAAUGAGAAUGAAACGUACGUCACGUAUUCGGUCACUGAUAGUUCAAUAAUUUCAAGAUUUGUAUUGGAUUUAUCAGGGCAAAUCAAGCAGUGGACGUGGUCGGAGAGUGCCCGGAAGUGGCAAUUGGGUCUGUUUCUCCCAAACGAUCCAUGCAAGGCCUAUGCUCCUUGCGGUGCCUACAGUAGUUGCAAGGCGGGCACAUCGUUGCAAUGUAAUUGCCUGCCACAUUUUAGUCCCCGGUUUCCGGGGUACUGGAAAUCGAAUGAUUAUUCUGCCGGGUGCAUAAGUGAGAAGCCGAUGCAUUGUGGGCACAAAGAUGGGUUCAUCUUAGCUGAAAAGAUGUCAUUUUCGAAGGAUUCGGAGAUUUUGGAAAAUUCAAGUCUAGUCGAUACAGAUUGUAAGAGUAUGUGCCUGAGCAAUUGCAGUUGCACCGCUUUCACCUCCGCCCACGAAAAUGGAACCGGAUGCUUGUUUUGGCAUAAGGAAUUGGUGAGUCUUCGGGAGAAUUAUGACGGAGGGCGACGUCUCUAUGUUCGUGUUCGCAUUCCGGAAACCCUGUGUGUGUGUGUGUUAGGUACUGAUAUUGCAGCUGCAAAUGAAUAUAACGAAGCCAAUGACUUUGAAGAAGAAGGUAAGAAGAAUGGCCGGUUGCCGUUGUUCAGCUUCAGUAGCAUAGCAUGUGCUACGGGUAACUUCUGUGCUGAGAACAAGCUCGGAGAGGGUGGUUUCGGACCAGUAUAUAAGGGUAAGUUGAUUGGAGGCAAGGAAAUAGCAGUGAAAAGACUAUCGAGGAGUUCGGGACAAGGACUAGUGGAGUUCAAGAAUGAGAUUAUACUCAUCGCCAAACUCCAACACACAAAUCUUGUUAAGCUUUUGGGUUGCUGCAUUCAAGGAGAAGAGAAGAUAUUGAUAUAUGAAUACAUGCCCAACAAAAGCUUGGAUAAGUUUCUAUUCGAUUCAUCCAAGCGAGCACAAUUAGACUGGGGCACACGCUUCCACAUCAUCGAAGGGAUAGCUCAAGGGCUUCUUUAUCUUCACAAGUAUUCUAGAUUGAGAAUUAUACAUAGAGAUAUGAAGGCUAGCAACAUACUCUUGGAUAGUGAUAUGAAUCCUAAGAUUUCAGAUUUCGGCAUGGCAAGAAUUUUUGGUGGGAAUGUAUCCCAGGAAAAUACAAACAGGGUGGUUGGAACAUAUGGUUAUAUGGCUUCCGAGUAUAUCAUGCAUGGCCUUUUCUCAGUGAAAUCCGACGUAUUUAGCUUUGGGGUUAUACUGCUAGAGAUAGUAAGUGGCAAGAAGAACACUGACUUUCGUCAUCCGACCCGCUCCUUGAACCUUCUUGGACAUGCAUGGGAGUUUUGGAAGGAUGGAAAGGCCAUGGAAUUGAUGGACCCACUUUUGGAUGACCCAUCUCCCUUGUCGCAGCUUUUGCGAUGCAUCCACGUGGCGCUCUUAUGUGUACAAGAUUGUGCAAAGGAAAGGCCUGCCAUGUCAGCUGUUAUUUCUAUGCUUACGAGCGAAACCGCAAACCUGCCGAUGCCGAAACAACCUGCAUUUUUCAUCGAGAGAAGCACUGUCGCCGCAGUCAAGCCAACAACUUGUUCCAUAAACCAUGUAACUGUUUCCACUAUAGAAGCUCGGUAGUGAUUGCGUCCAUUCAAUUUCUUUUCAUUCCAUAUAGAUCUUUGCUCAGCACACAAGGAGUGUAUAAAUAAGCUAAUGUGUCACAUAGGUGAAAUACCUAAGCCAUCCAUCAUGUGGACCCCAUUGUCUAGAUCAUGAUAUUAGAAAUAAGUGGAUGAGUUGGAAACUUGGGCUGAUUUUUUUACAACUAUGCAUUUAUUCUUUUAAUUGUGGACCACUGACUAGUGGAUAGACCUGGUUCUUCGGAUGUGGAAUCGAAAUAGCGGUACCCUUUUGAUGGAUUGCUUGGAUAUUGCAGCAGUCUGCUACAGAGGCAUGUGUAGUAGUGUGUGCAUUAGCUGACUUGUACUAGUGUGUGGGGCUUGGCAAAGCUCUUCACUGUAUAUUUCUUAAAACAUUACAUUUCUCCUUCGAAAUGGGCCAUGGUUUGUUGGUACAUGUGUUUGUGUGUGGGAGAUUA